CUUUCUCAGAUCGAAAAGAGCGUCACCCAUCUGCUCGUCGCAACCAAGCAGCUCCUCGAAACCCUGACACAAUGGUCUCGCGGACAGGCCACCGACGGCGAUGUCUCCGACGUCUACGUCAGGCUCGGCUAUGAGUUCAACAUGGCCUGCCGCGCUUUCUCCGCCAUCAACGUCGAUACCACCGACCUCGGUAACGUCCCCGAGCUGCUCCGCGACAUCCUGGAAGCCACCUUGAGCCAGGAAGCGAGCACCGAAAGCCUCGAGAAGUAUCUGCCCAGAAUACGAGACAUCAUCAUCAACCUGCUCCACGGGCUCAAGCGGAAACAGCAGAAGCUGCGACAGAAACAAGCACGAGAGAGGGAAGCUGGCGCCUCCACCCCGGUACCGGAGCGCACAACGAGCACGAGCACCGUCGGCAGCGGUAACACGGGCCUCACCAAUCUGCUGGACGAGGGCAUCCAGCACGGCUAUCGGUCAGAUCUGCAGAGUCGGGACUCCUCCGCCGCCCAUCAUGCCCCCAACGUGAAUACUUCGCCCAGCCGGCGAUUCCCCCCGAGGGACCAGUCGCGCGGCUCCGUCGCCUCGGAACAGUCGUCGCUCUCGAGCAACACGAUGCAGAACAUGCCCGUGCUACCACCCUAUCCAGGUGAUUCGAACACCAUGCCCAUGCCCAUCGCCUCUGCCGACUUGAGCCUGGACGCCUUCCCCCCGCCACCGCCGCCACCGAAAGAACCCAGCAGCGCGCUAGCUGCCCUGCAGAAGGGCGGCGAUCUCGAGAGGAGGGCCUCGCGGCGAUACUCCCAGUACCAGAUCUCGAAGCAUCUGGGCGGGUCCAUGAAUGGAGUACCCAUGCUGCCUUCGCAAACCACCCCCGUGCCCAACCGCGGCCGAAGUGAGGUUCGCGAGUCGUUGCGUGCCGUACAGGUUCGCGAACCCGUCCGCCCGAGCCGAAGCACGUCCGACCAGUCCCGCGUCGGCGGUCCGUCCGAUUCGUCUCCCGCCAGACCACCCAAUCGCACUUCCGAGGAGUCCGAGUCCGAGUCCGAGGACAAUAAGUAUCCCCAGCUCAGCGCCACGGUAAGCGGGCCGCUCUCCGACGACAUGGCGACGGCGACACCUGUCUCGCCCGAGAAGGAGAAGGCCACGGGACCGUAUCCCGAAUCGUCGAAACCACAGGCGGCGGCGGCGGCGGAAGCGACCUCGGAAGAAGCGGAGACGCCCGAGACAAAGAAGAAGAAGAAGAAGAAGGAGGAGCGUGAAGACUCGGCCCAGGAGGAGGCAUCGUCCCCGCCGCUCACCAAAGAGUUGACCCUAUUCUUGCAAUACAAGUCCAAGGUGAAAAAGUUCGUCCUGCCGGAAGGGUACAGCGAGCUCUCGAUAGGUCGGCUGCAGCUGGCCUUCAUCGAGAAAUUCUCCUGGAAUACGCAUUCCAACGGCGCAGACCUCCCGGAUAUCUACAUCCAGGACCCGGUCUCCGGCGUCAGGCACGAGCUGGAGGACCUGUCCGACAUCAAGGACCGCACGGUGCUCGUGUUGAACGUCGAACCGCUGGACGAGGUGAAGCGGCACAUCGACGAAGGGAUCGGCGUGCUGCGGCAGAUGAUGCAAGAGGUGAAGCAGAACGUGGACGAUCAAGGCAUCGCCCUACAGCGCGUCUCGGAGAGACAGCAGGAGACGGCCACGGAAAUGGCGAGGCUCGCCGCCGCGCCGCCCCAAGGCUCGAAACCAACAACGGCGGCAACAACAACAACAACAACAACAACAACAGCCGGCCCCGCCUCGGGACGUAAGCUCAGUUCGACGCACCUCUCCGAACUCCGGACUCUACGUCGCGACCUCGCCGUCCUCCGGCAGACCUACUCCAACUUCCAAUCCGAAGUACAAGGGUCCAUGUCCACCAUCCGCACCAAGGCCAGCCACCUCAAAGCGGCCACGCUCAACAUGUCGGUCCCCGGCAUCGGAUCCGACGUCGGCGCCUCGUACGUGGCCAAGGGGCGAGAGCAGCUCAACGCCGACUCGGACAGGCUGGUCAACAAGGUGGACGACCUGCAAGACACGGUCGAGGACCUGCGGAAGGACGUGGUGCACCGCGGCGUCCGCCCGCUCCCGCGGCAGCUGGAGACGGUCGCCAAGGACAUCACGCUGCUGACCAAGGAGAUCAACAAGGUGGACGAGUACAUGAAGCGGGAGAAGCCCAUCUGGACCAAGAUCUGGGAGAAGGAACUCGAGGACGUGUGCAAGGGCCGCGACGAGCUGCGCCUUAUGGAGGACCUCAUGGUCGACUUGCAGGACGACCUCGAGAAGGCCUCGGAGACCUUCGCCCUCGUCGAGCAGGCCACCAAGGAGCAGCUCAAGGACAACGGCACCGGCGCCUCCGCCGGCACCGCCCGCAACUUCUCCAAGGGCCUGCUGGUCAACGGCACCAUCGGACUCGGCGGCCCCGUCGACCCCUCCGCCGCCAAGGAGGGCGUCCUCGGCGAGGUGAGGGCCCUGCUGCCCAACCACGAGGACCGGCUCGAGGCCAUCGAGCGCGCCGAGAAGCUCCGCCAGCGCGAACUCGCCGGUCGGCAGGACAACCGGCUCCAGCAGGAGAUUGCCAGCUUCGUGCAGGACGGCAAGCUGAAGAAGUCGGGCGGCUUCGAGGAGGUGGAGAGGGCGAGGAAGGCCAAGGACGACCGCAUCCGGCGCGAGGUGUGGGAGAGGCAGAAUGGCAUCAUUCCCAUGGAACCCGUGGGGGAAGAA